UUUCAUGAAGAAAUUGCAACCAAUAGAGAAAUGAGGCAUCUGUAUAGUAGAGAAAGCCCUAAAACAACCGUAUAAGUAGGAUGAAAGGAAUGAAUAUACCUGGGAGAGAUUUUACUCAGUGUGAAUAUUUUUGUCCACCGGUUUGCCCUAAAAGGCUGCCUAAGGAAGAAAUAAUAUAGUUUUCUAGAGAAUGAAAGAGUGUGGUGUAAAUAUGGAGACCACAGUUUCUGAAAUUCAAGUAGAAAAUAAGGAUGAAAUGAAAUUAGCAGAAGUCAGUCCUCAGAAUGAAAGACAUGAGGAAAAAACAUCCGUGCUUUGCUUCAAGAGAAGAAAGAAAGCAGUCAAGGCAGUGAAGCCCAAAGCUGUCUCUGAGGCUGCCAAUGUGGCAAGGGAGUGUCCGGUAGAAGCAAGAGCUUCUGAUCAGCCACAGCAUCCAGGGGGCACCUGGGCCUCAAUCAAACGUCUAGUAACACACAGGAAAAGGUCAGAUUCUUCAAAGCAGCAAAAGUCAUUUAAGGCUGAAGUGCAACCUGAAAUAAAGGAUGAGGAUGCUGAUCUUCCUAAGAAAAAGGUAAAAUCCAGAAUUAAGAUUCCCUGCAUAAAAUUCUCAAAAGGUGCACAAAGAAGUAAUCAUUCCAGAAUUACAGAAGACUCAGACUGCACCAUCAAAGUCCAAAAAGAGGCUGAAGGGUUGGAUAUACAAACUCAGACCCAAUUAAAUGACCAGGCAACAAAGGCUAAGUCAGCCCAGGACCUAAGUGAAGGCGUCCUGCACAAAGAUGGUGAUGAGUUCUGUGAAUCAAAUGUGAACAGCAGCAUAACAUCUGGAGAGAAUGUGAUUUCAGUAGAACUUGAAUUAGAUAAUGGGCAUUCUGCUAUUCAAACAGGAACUCUAAUCCUUGAAAAGGAAAUUGAAAUGAUUGAAGAAAAACAAAGUGUUCAACCCCAGCAAGCAAGCCCGCUUGCAAGUUCAGAAACAGACAACCAGCAACUAGUGGCUUCUGAUGUUCCUCCAUCACCUGCAAUCCCAGAUCAGAAAACUGUGGAAGAAUCCAAUAACAGUGUCCUAGAAAGUAGACCAUACUGUGAAGACUAUGAAAGUAGAGAGAUGGCAGCUGAAGAGAAUAAGCCAAAAGAUACUGAAUUGAGCCAGGAAUCAGAUCUGAAAGAAAAUGGGAUCAAUGCAGAGAAACCCAAAUCAGAAGAAAGCAAAAGAAUGGAGCCAAUUGCUAUUAUUAUUACAGACACUGAAAUCAGUGAAUUUGAUGUUAAGAAAUCUAAAAAUGUCCCUAAGCAAUUCUUAAUUUCAAUAGAAAAUGAGCAAGUAGGGGUUUUUGCUAAUGAUAGUGGUUUUGAGGGUAGAACUCCAGAACAAUAUGAAACACUCUUAAUAGAAACAGCUUCUUCUCUUGUCAGGAAUGCUAUCCAGUUGUCUAUAGAACAGCUGAUUAAUGAAAUGGCCUCCGAUGAUAAUAAGAUAAACACUCUCCUACAGUGA